AUACCUGGAGGGCUGGAAGGAGACAUCGGAAGGUCCUGGGAAGAUGUUGACACCCACCAUGCCGUAAGUGUCCUCGGCCAUUAAUCUAACAGCUCCGAGACACAAGACGGCCCAUGAUUGAUAUCCCGCCCCUCGCCUCCGGCCGUCUACCGCCGGAAAAAACUAAUGAGACUGCCAGUGACCAAUGGCGCACAGCCACAACGUGAACCAGUGGGACGCGAAGCCCGACACGAAGCCCUGCGCGUGCUUUUACCCGUGCGACCGUGCCGUCACGUCCAGCCAGCGUGCCAUGAAUUCAGCUCUCGCGGACCCGUUCUGCGAACCUGGGCCGAUUGCGGCAGACGCGUCCGUGUGGAUCUGGGCCGAUUGCAGCAGACGCUUCCCUGCGGAUCUGGGCCGAUGCCGGCAGAUGUGUCCGUGUGGAUCUGGACCGAUGCCGGCAUACACGUCCCUGCGUAUCUCAGGGAUCCAGGCCGAUAGCCACGUGGGUGACGCGGGCUGUGGGACAGGGCGGUGACAGGUGUCCCUCUCCCAGUCAGCCGUGGGAUCGACACCAGCUGAAGAUGUGAUGACGCCGGCGGACCGGCGGCGGCGGCCACAUCGUGAGCGACCCCCGACCGACUCCCUGUCUCGACAGCCCGUCCUGCAGAAGGGGGGACUCCUCUUUACUGUCGCUCAGAGCGCAUCUGUCCGCCAUGGUGCCCCUUCUGGUGACCCUACUGACCCUGACGGGGGCCUGGGCCGGUCGUCCGGUGCUGCUGCCGCCGCCACACGCCGGCGACCUGGUCCUGCCGCCUGACCAGUGGUUCACGCAGAAACUGGACCACAACAACCCGGGCGACGACCGCACCUGGCUGCAGCGUUACCAGGUGAACGACACGUUCUAUCAGCCGGGCGGCCCCGUGUUUCUCAUGAUCGGGGGAGAGGGUCCCGCCACGGCCAUCUGGGUUGUGGCUGGCCAGUGGAUCGAGUACGCCCAGCAGUACGGCGCCCUCUGCUUCCAGCUGGAGCACCGCUUCUACGGCGAGAGCCGACCCACCGCUGACAUGAGCGUGGAGAACCUGCAGUACCUGAGCUCGGAGCAGGCGCUGGCCGAUCUGGCCUCCUUCUCCGCCGCCAUGACGGAGCAGUACACGCUGCCCGAGGGCACCAAGUGGGUGGCGUUCGGCGGCUCGUACCCGGGCACCCUGGCCGCCUGGUACAGGCUCAAGUACCCGGACAUGGUACACGCGGCAGUGUCCACCAGCGCCCCGCUGCUCGCCAAAACAGACUUCCUGGAGUACAAGCAGGUGGUCAAGGACUCCAUCUACGCCAAGUCGGGCGAGCAGUGCUACAUGAGCGUGCAGCAGGCGUUCGCUGACGCUGAGCAGCUGCUGGAGCACCCCAUCGGCUGGCGCUCGCUCACUAGCGCGUUCCAGCUGUGUGCCGCGUUCGACGGCACCAGCUCGCUGGACGGUAACAACCUGAUGCAGAUCCUGGCGGACAGGAUCGAGUCGGUGGUCCAGUAUAACGAGGACAACCGCGCCUUCAGCGGCCACAAGGACGCCAACAUCACCAUCGGCAGCGUGUGUGAGCUGAUGAACGACGAGUCUAUGGGUGUCCCGAUCGAGCGGCUGGCGGCUCUGAAUGACCUCAUCAUGACCGUGCACGAGGAGACGUGCGUCGAGCACCGCUAUCAGUCACUCAUCGACAAAAUGACGGACCUCGACUUCGCCAGCGAGAAUAACGAUGCCACCCGAACCUGGAUCUGGCAGACGUGUACCGAAUUUGGCUGGUACCAGACCGCUGAGGGCGCCGAACAGCCAUUCGGACAGCACAUUCCUCUCUCGUACUACAUCCAACAGUGCAUCGACGCCUACGGACCCGAGUACGACCAGAGUUUCGUUGAUGCCGCGGUGGCUGCCACCAACGCCAAAUACGGCGGCCGUGACCUGGCCACCAGUCGUGUGGUGCUGGUGAACGGCAGCAUUGACCCGUGGCACGCCAUGGGAGUGAUUGUCAGCAGCGACCCCGCCCUGCCGGCCGUCUACAUCAACGGAACGGCCCAUUGCGCCAACAUGUACCCGGCUCGUGCCGAAGACUCCCCGGAGCUGGUGGCAGCGCGUCAGCAGAUCGGCGACCUGAUUGGUCAGUGGCUCCAGGAGGAUUAACCAGCUCGAUGCUGAUUGGUCGCGGCCGCUGACGGAUUUAUCGGGUCAGCUGAUUGGUCAGGGAUUUCCGUAUCACUGGCGAAGUUGCUAAUGAUUGGUGUCAAUGUACAGUCUCCGUUGUCUGUUUUUAGUGUCAUACCGUCAAAUAUAUUAUAGUACCUGCUA